AGUUCACAAUUGAACUUUAAAGCGAGAUUAAUCUUUGAGUAUUGAAUAUACAUUGUUGUAGGUCUUUUAAUUAGAAAAAAAAACUGUAUAACUUUUUAACGUGAAAAAUAUUCAUAGAGUUUUUAUUUGAUUUAAGUUUAAGGCUGUAAGUUUAAUUCUGAACGAAUGAUUUUACGUUCAACUGUUCUCAACACAAAGUGUGAACUAUUUCGUUUCUCAUUUCAAGAAGAAGUUAUAUGUGCCCUACAAGUAUUUACUUGUAAAUGAAACACAAAAGCAUGGAAUUUCGUAUUUUAGAACUCUUUAGUGGCAUUGGUGGAAUGCAUUAUGCUUUUAAUACUUCUGGAUUGCCUGGAACUAUAGUAGCCGCAAUAGACAUCAACACACAUGCCAAUGCGGUGUACGCCCACAAUUAUUCGUCUUCUGUAGUAUGCAACAAUAAUAUACAAAGUUUAACCCCUCGGAAAAUAGAGAGGAUGGACGUAAAUAUGUUACUUAUGUCCCCACCUUGUCAGCCCCACACGAGGGUCGGUAAUCGGUUAGAUAUAGCUGAUAACCGGUCUGAUGCUUUGCAACAUAUUUGUGAUUUGCUACCACAAUGCCACAAAAUACAAUACAUACUAAUGGAAAAUGUCAAAGGGUUUGAGGUGUCAGAAGCGCAUAAGCAAUUUAUUGAAACUUUAAAUACUGCAGGCUACCAUUGGAGGGAAUUUUUACUAACCCCAACACAAUUUGGCGUACCGAAUUCUAGAAGUCGUUACUAUUGUUUAGCACGUCGGAAAGACUUCAAUUUCACUGGUGAAUCUAUUUUAGAAAAAAUACCAAGUGAAUGUGGAAUUCCGGAAAAUGGAUUCAAUGAAACUGUGAUCAGCGACUUGAUUGAACCGGAAGGUCUAAUAACUAAGGACUAUUACGUGCCAGAAAAAAUAUUAACCAAGCGUGUGUGGUUAAUGGAUAUAGUUACUGCAGAAUCAAAAAAGACAAUGUGUUUCACUAAAGCGUAUACCCAUUAUAGCGAAGGCACUGGCUCAAUAUAUACACCUUUGUCUAAGAAAGAUAUGGAUUUAGUAUUUUAUAAGCUAAAAGAGUUAGAAACGUCGGGUGGAAAGGAAGAACUUCGUAUUGAACUACUGAAAAGUUUAAAAUUGCGUUAUUUCACUCCACGUGAAGUUGCAAGAUUAAUGAGCUUUCCAGAUACGUUUGAUUUUCCGACAGAAACAACGAAUCGCCAGAAGUACCGUCUUUUAGGCAAUAGUAUAAACGUGUAUGUUGUUAGUAUAUUAAUAAAAAUUCUAUGCUCCUGAAAAGAAUUUGGUUAAUAUUUAUUUGGUAGUGUAUUCAAAAUAAUUUCAAUAAAAUAAGUAAUAAAUACAGUACAAACAUAUGUAUAAGGUCAUCUAUUUAUUAAUACACUUGAAUACAUUUUCCGAUUA